AUGUCAUUACCUUACCGCCCAAACGUCAACUACGGCCGGGAAUAUCGCCUGCUCUCAACCUAUAUCUCGUGCUACAGCUCUGUUUCUAACCAGAAGAACAAGGAUCCUUUGGUAACCUGUUUCCUCAAGAUGCAGGAGGAAAGUUCCACAUACUCUCUACACGUUCAGGAUCGUGAGAAACUCGUCGUGAAGGAGGAGGGCAUUAAGUCCCUCACCCGAGACCAUCAAGCAACCACUGACGUGGAUUCGAAACUCACAAGUCAGGUCGACGAACUUCUAGAGGAUUUUAAGUCAGGCCAUGAAGCCUUGAAGAGGGAUUUUGAAGAGAUGGACUAG